ACGCCUACGAUGUCGUGGAAUGGGCUGGUACCCAAGAUUGGUCAUCCGGCAAGGUCGCCAUGUGCGGCAUAAGCUACUUUGGCAUGGCUUGCUACUGGGCAGCCAUGCAGCAGCCCCCUCAUCUUACGGCCAUAGUCCCGUACGAGGCCUUGACCGACAUGUACGGUGACACAGUCCGUCAAGGCGGAGUGUGGCACACUGGAUUUCAAAAACACUGGUUUAACAACACUAUCGUUCCACAACAGUACGGCAGAAAUGAAGGUCUCAAUGACGCUCAGCUUAUGAAGCAGCGCUUUGACUAUGAAGCUCUGCAAACGAAGUGGCUGUGGCGCAGUGAGGGGCCUUGGCCUGUACUCGAUCGGGAGAGGCAGUUGGCAAAGAUCAAAGUCCCGAUCCUGACCGCAGGCAAUUGGAUGGACUCCGAAGUUCACCUUCCUGGUAAUGCAAGGUCGUUCGAGCAAGCUUCGUCAACAUGGAAGUUUUUAGAAAUGCACACAGGCAACCACCUUGCCGCAUACUACGACGCGGCUCAGAUCGCGAGGCAGAUUCAAUUCUUGGACUAUUUUCUGAAAGGAAAACUUGAUAACGGCCUCGAAUCUUCCCCGCGGGUUGAAUUACUCAUUCGUCGCGGGGCUGAGAACUUCUAUCGGUCUGAGAAGUCAUGGCCGCCGCAAGAUGCUGUUUUUACCCCGCUCUACCUGGCACCUAUGGGCUGUCUGUCUUUCGAGCCGUACACUUCUUCAACCCAGGACAAGGCGAUUGAGUACGCUGGCCUUACGGGCGGGAGCGACCUCUUCCAAACGGACGUCUUGAAUGCAGACUUUGAGAUAUUGGGGUAUCCCCACCUUGACCUGACCGUUUCUACCGACGCCAGAGAUAUGGAUAUCUUUGUAUAUUUCUACAUCAUCGACCCGAGCGGUACGAAGGUUGAGGUCCGGGGCAACCACGACGAGCCGGCUGUCUCUCUCCUUCGCGGCUGGCUACGACUAUCCCAUCGGACGCUCUCGAAGGAUUCAAGGCUGGAUAGACCCAUGCUGGAACAGCUAAAGCCCGCGCCAGUUGAGGAAGACGAAUGGUACAACGUGAAAAUACCAAUGCCAUGUACCUCUAUCCUCGUUCCUAAAGGAUGCAGGUUUGCGGUCGCGUUACAGGCGACCGACGAGGAGGAGAUCAUUCCUCCCAUGAGGCAUAAUGGGCCUGAUAGAUCCCAGGAGCUAUUUCGCGGCACGAAUAGGAUUAGGCUAGGUGGAAAGAUUAUACUUCCAUAUGUAGUUCGCGGCUCCUAA